UUCUUUUUCAGCUAUGUUUGGAGACCUGUCCAGUUCAUAGUCAUCAAGGAUCUAAAGUGACAGAGAGAGUCGAGUAAAACCAGGGAGGAUGAGGUUAUAUCAGGUGGACCAAAUGGAGAGGAAGGAAGAAAAGAUCUUGCAGCGAUUCGUAGAGCCUGACAGGAGGGGGUGAGAGGUGUUGGGUGGAGAACAGAGUGAAGAAGAAAAAAUAUAAAAAGGGAACUAUAACAGUUGAUUAAGAAAGAAACAAAGUCUCCAGCGGAUGAUUCAACCAUGAACCUGAACUUGAUGCUUGUCUUGAUCCUCCAUGUUUCCACUCAUGCAGCCACGGGAGGCAGAGCUCUGCGCAAGCAGAGACAAGCUGAGGAGACUCUGAAACCGUACAUUGGGAGAGUGGAGCCAGAAAAGCUUUGUGAGCUGCUGAAAUGCCACAGUCCAGUGGGUUCUUGGUGCCAGGUGAUUGAAGAAAACGGGAUCCUCGUACCCAAAUGUGUUUGUCCUCGCUCGUGUCCACGGCAGAGGGCACCAGUGUGCAGCGUUCUGGGAAAGACCUAUGGGAAUGAGUGUUUGCUUCACAAAGAAGCGUGUAGGAAGAGACGCCGCACAGGACUGGCUCACACAGGACCUUGUCUGGUCCCUAAGGGUAAAUGCACCAAGGAGGAGUUUGGCCAGUUUCCAUACCGUCUUCUGGACUGGUUUCUGCUGCUGAGUCGGAUGGGAGGGACCUACACACCUGAGGCCCCACCCCAGAGCUGCCUCAGCCACACCCACAGAGCACAGCUGGCAAAGCAAAGAUUCAUGUCCUUGGACAAGAACAAAGAUGGCAAACUGAGUCGCAGGGACCUGAGGAAGCUAUAUUACAAGAGGAUGCCUCUGGAACACUGUGCCACGACAUUUUUCAAGUCAUGUGAUCGUAACAUGAACAAGAAGGUGACCCUGGGAGAGUGGACAGCCUGUCUGGUGGACCGCUCUGAGGCUUGGUUCUAUCAUUUCAUGUCAAUAAACAUGGGCUCCCACAAGCUUUGUUCUACAAUAAAAGAGCAACACAAAUCCCUUCCUCUCCUUUGAGCUUGGACCAAAUCUACAGGAAGUCUACAGACUUCUCACUCAUCAUUGCUUUCCCACCAUAAUUCACAAGUUCAUCAAACCCAACAGUCUGCACACUGCUGUCUGCAAAUCCAUAUCUGUGUCUCAAACAUGACAAUAAAAUGCCUGAACAAG